AUGGGGCUGAUGGAAGGAGUAGAGGGGGCUGGGUGGGGGGUUUUUAUCUAUGGGGGGGAUAUUUAUGAAUGGGAGGGGUUUUAUCAGUGGGGGGUAUUUAUCAAUGGGAGGUUCUCACGGUGCUCCCACCCAGGCCUGCUGGAGAUCCAAGCGGUGAAACCGGGGGUGGUGCGGAUUCGGGGGGCGCAGAGCGGGCGCUUCCUCUGCUUGGAUGCGAGGGGGCAGCCACGUGGGGAGGCCUCCUACUCCCCCUCCUCCUGCAAUUUCCACGAGCGUGUCCGCCCUGAUGGCUACAACGUCUAUGAGGCUGAGCGCCUGCACCUCCCCCUGGCCCUGACUCCCCCAGGGGGGGGCACCCUGCGACGACCCCCCCCACCGUUUACCCACUUCCUCCCACUACCUGGCCAGGGCCCCCCUGAAAAGCCCCCACAUACACCCCAACCCCCCCCCAAUUUGGACCCUGACUCCUCAGACCCUUUGGGGCUGGUGGGGCGGCCCCUCCUGCGCAGUCCCAGUUAUGGGUUAUGAGCAUUUAUUUAUUGGGG